GAAAUAACUAAGAGCGUGUUGGAACUCGACUGAUAUCACACUGCAGGAUUUCUUCUUCAAUAUCGUGUUGUCGGAGGGUUUUGCCCUGGCAGAGAAAGUUGGUGGAGGAAAACAGAUUUCACAGAGAAAAAGAAAUCCAGAGCAACUUGAGAAAUGUCACAGAGGAGGAUGUCCUCUUAAAUAUCAUGUUGUUGGAGAGUUUAAACCCUGACAGAGGCAGUUCGUGGAAGAAAAACACCAGAUUUCUCAGAAGCCCCUUUGCUUGUUUCUCUCAGCAGAUCUGGCAACCCUGCUGGUAGUCUUUGCUUUCACUUUCUGCAGAGAAAAAGAAAUCCAGAGCAACUUGAGAAAUGUCACAGAGGAGGAUGUCCUCUUAAAUAUCAUGUUGUUGGAGAGUUUAAACCCUGGAAGAGGCAGUUCAUGGAAGAAAAACAUCAGAAUUCACAGCUCCAUCGUCUCAGACAUUUUCUGGAGACAUUAUGGCGAGUGGCUCAGAUCCUCCCCGGAAGCGCAGGAGCAGCAUUUCAUUGAUUCCACCCGCCAUGUCGGAGCUGAGGCUGGUUCUGUUGGGGAACAGCUGGUCUGAGAGGAGCUCAGUGGGAAACUUCAUUCUGGGAGUGAACGCAUUCAACAAGGAAGAAGAACUGGAUCAAUGUGUUUGUGUCAGCAGGGAGUUAAAGGACAAAACAAUUACUCUGAUCAACACCCCAAAUCUCUUACAACCAAACAUCUCUCUGACUGAACUGACAAAACAUGUAGAACAUUGUGUGAGUCUCUGUGAUCCUGGACCUCAUCUGUUCCUGCUGGUUAUUCAGCCUGAAGUCUUCACUGAGGAGAACAGUCAGAGGCUUCAGUCCAUCCUGGAGAGCUUCAGUGAGCAGCCAUGGACUCAUUCAGUCUUACUGAUAUCAGCAGCUGAAGAGGAGACGUUACAACCUCCUGAGGAAACUUUCACUUCAUUGAGAUAUUUGAUAAAGGAAUGUAGAGUCAAACUGCUCUGGAACAAAAACCUCCAACAUCACCUGUUGACAUGCAUGAGGGACAUGUUGAAGGAGAACAACGGAGAGCCUGUGACACCAGAUCUUUUCAGAGAUGCACAUUCAGAUUUACCUUCUGGUCCCAAAAGUUGGAAGCAAGAAGAAGUUUCUACCAGCUUCAAACAGGAUCCUGUGGAAGGAAACAUCCAUUCAGCCGUCGCCUCCAGUGGGACCACGUCAUCCCCGCCUCCUCCCUCUCAUGAACAGGAAACGACAACAACAGAGGCUGAACCGGCACCUCCUCAGAGAGCUGAUGCUGAUAUCACAGUUCCAUCACCCUCGCCCUCCAGUCAGAGUAAGAGAACUGAUCGUCAUGAGGAAGACACACCACCCCUUACCUCAGACAGCAGAAUCACAGCCACUGAAACAGAACAUGGACUCAGGAUCGUGUUGUUUGGAAAAAGUGACAAUAAGAAAACAUCACUGUCAAAAUUCAUCACUGGGAAGAAAUUCACUAAUGUGAAAGGAAAACAGUCUGUCUCUGUCAGUGGAGAGUGGAACAGAAAACCUUUGACAGUGGUGAAAACUCCAGACGUCUUUAAUCUACCAGUGGAAGCAGUGAGAAAGGAGAUGGAGAGGUGUGUGGAGCUCUGUUCUCCAGGACCAAAUGUUCUGCUGCUGCUCGUGAAACCCUCUGAAUUCACUGAAGAGGACAGAAAAACUCUGAUGUUCAUCCUGAGUCUGUUUGGUCAGGAUGUCUUCAAACACUCCAUGGUCGUCCUGACCCAUGAAGAUGAAGGUCGUCACCGCACAGUAGACAGACUCAUCCAGGACUGCCAGCAAAAGGUUCACAGGUUACCUGCUGACUGGAAGGACCCUUCUAAACAUGAUCUUCAAGAGUUAAUGCAGAAAAUGGAAACGAUAGUGAACACCCUCAGAGGAGAGUUUCUGGUCGUAGAUAAAGAAACAGAUGUUGGAACAGUAAGAAGAGAAGCCAAACCUCCUGUGAACCUGGUGUUGUUUGGUAGAAGAGGAGCUGGAAAAACGUCAGCAGUCAAUGCUAUACUGGGACCAGGAAGGUUUGGACCAGCUGCCAACUCCUCAGAGUGUGUCAGAAACCAGGGAGAGGUGUGUGGACGGUGGGUCUCUGUGGUGGAGCUGCCUGCUUUGUGUGGAAGACCUCAGCAGGAGGUGAUGGAGGAGGCUCUCAGGUGUGUCUCCCUCUGUGAUCCUGAAGGUGUCCACGCCUUCAUCCUGGUCCUGCCUGUGGGUCCACUCACUGAUGAAGACAAGGGAGAGUUAGAGACCAUCCAGAAGACCUUCAGCUCUCGAGUCAAUGACUUCACCAUGAUUCUGUUCACUGUGGGCUCAGAUCCUUCAACUCUCAACUUUCCAAAGGGAAACAAGGAGGUAGAAGAGUUGAUUCAGAGCUGUAGUGGAGAACAUUUUGUUCUCAACAUCAAUGGAGGACAAGAACUUUCAAGGUUGUUUUAUAAUGUCGAUACAAUGAGAAACAGAAAUGAGCCACACUCCUACACAAUGAAAAUGUUCCAUCAAGCUCAAAUAACAAAGAUGAUCCAAAAAGAAAAGAACAUCAACCUGCUUCAGUCUGAGCUGAGGGAUCUGAAAGCAAAGAACACAGACAUCUGUGAUGAGACACAGAACACAGAGUGUCUCCGGAUUGUUCUUCUGGGGAAGACCGGCAGUGGAAAGAGCUCCUCAGGAAACACCAUCCUGGGAAGAAAGGAGUUUAAGGCUGAACCUGGAGGGAAAUCAGUUACCAAACAUUGUCAGAAAGCAGUGGGUGAAGUGAGCAAUCGUCAGAUCAUUGUGGUCGAUACUCCAGGACUGUUUGACAACAGUUUGUCCAAUGAAGACAUAAAUGAAGAGCUGGUGAAAUGUGUGAGUCUUCUGGCUCCAGGACCACACGUCUUCUUGUUGGUGUUAAGAAUCAGCAGAUUCACAGAAGAAGAAAAAGAAACACUGAAUCUAAUCAGGAAAGGAUUCGGAAAGAAUUCUCUGCACUUUGCCUUCAUUCUGUUAACAGGAGGAGAUGAACUGGAUGAUGCUUUGCUGUCAGAUGAAGAAUACAUUAGAAAUAAUUGCGAUGAUUCAUUUAAGAGUUUGAUUGCUAACUGUGGAGGAAGAUACCAUGUGUUCAACAAUCGUAAACAUGACUCCAGUCAAGUCAGUGAGCUGAUAGCAAAGAUCGACUCCAUGGUGAAGAAAAAUGGAGGGGACUGCUUCACCAAUGAGAUGCUGCAAGAAGCUGAGGCAGCGAUACAGAAAGAAAUGGAAAAGAAGUUGAAGGAGAAGGAAGAAGAGAUGAAGAGAGAGAAGGAGGAACUGGAAAAGAAACAUGAGGAAGAAAUUCAGAAGAUGAAGAUGAGAAUGGAAAAACAAAGAGCUGAACUGGAAGAGGAGAGAAAACUGACAAAAAAACAACUGAAGGAAAAGGAAGAAAACAUCAGAAAGGAGCGAGAGCUGAGAAAGAGAGAACAGGAGGAGAGAGAAGAAGAAGACAGGCUGAAGAAAAGACAGGAUGAAGCUAAAAGACGAGAGUGGGAACAAAAGCUUGAAGCUUUGGAGAAAAACAUAAAAUGUGAAUCUGAACAAAAAGAGUUAAUUGACAAAAAACUGGUGGAGUCCAGAGAGGAGGUGAGGAAGGAGCGAGAGAUCUGGGAAGAGAAAAGAAAAGAGUGGUGGAAGAAAAGAGAGAAAGAAGAUGAAGAAAUACGACAACAGCAGAAAACAAAACUGUUAAAGCUUCAGGAAGAAUUUGAGCAGGAAAGAGAAAAAUAUGAAAAGAAAAGAAAAGAAGAUAAAAAGAAACAGGAGGAAGAGGAGAAGAAGAGACGAGAAUUAGAAGAAAACUACAAGAAAGAAUUGGAGAAUAUGAAAAAGAAAUAUGAAGAGGAGGCCAGAAAACAAGCUGAAGAGUUCAAUGAAUUCAAGAACAGCAAAGAAAUUGAGGUUUUGGAUUUAAUAGACAAACAUGUGCAGGAAGUGUCUGAACUAAAGAACAAGUUUUCAAAAAGUCAACAGGAGCAAAAGAAGGAAAGUGAAGAGAAAGAAGAAACCCUGAAAAACCAAAUGGAAGAACUACUGAACAAACACAAACUAGAACUGACUGACGCGAGUCUUGUCAUCCUGAAACAGCAACAAGAAAAUCAGAAAAAUAUGAAAAAGCUUAAGACAAAACACAAUGAUGACAUGAAUAAACUCUUGUCUGAUCUAAAUACGGAUCUGGAUAAAAAGAUGAGAGAGGAAAUCAAUCGCUUGAAGGAAGUUCAACGAAAUGAAAUGGCUGCUUUAAAGAAGGAACGUCAAGCAGAAAACAAAGAACAGAGAAAGGCUGAAAUGGCCACCAUGCAUGAAGAAGAAAUACAAAAUCUGAGGACAAAAAUAGAGGCUCAACAGAAACAAACCAGGCAGAAAAAAAUAGAUGAACUACAGAAACAACAAGAUAAAGAGAUCGAUGACUUCAGAAAGGAAGCUUUUGACAAAAUAAAAGUAAAACAGGAAAAAGAAACUCAGUUACGGAAUCAACAAGAUGAAGAGAUGGAAAAACUGAACCAGAAAAUCAGAGAUGGAGAUGUUGAUGUGAAAGAGUUCAAAAAACUGAGUGAAAAACAUGAGAAAGAAAUGAAGGAACUGAAGAAGAAACUUUUUCCAGAGAAGUGUCAGAUUUCUUGAAGUUCAUCAGACAGCAGUGAACAUUCAUGAUUCACAAAAUGUACAAAGUCAUCUAAUUGGAUGAUGUUCCCAUUCAUCCAUCCAAUCAAUGUUUGAAGCCUUUAAUUUUUAUUUGAUUCCCUAUCUAUCUCUCUCAGUGUGUGUGUGUGUGUGUGUGUGUGUGUGUGUGUGUGUGUGUGUGUGUGCGCGCGCGCGCGUGCGUGCAUGCGUAUGUGUUGAUCUUGUGUUUACAGCAUGUACUACGUUUGCAUGUAUGUCUUUAAUGCUUAUAGGAAGUCUUAAAUCUUUAUCUUACUAACAGAAUUGUUAAAAUAAAACAUUCCAGCACAGAGAUGUAAAGAUAAAAUGCAUUCUUUAUGUUAAAAAGUAAUUGAAUUUAUGGGUGUCAAGUGGUAUUUUAUCUUUGGGCUGUCUCUUUAGGGAAGGGACCCUCAUGUCAUUUGAUCAAAUUGUACAAGUCUUCGGAAUAGAAAAGAACAACCUUUUUCAUUUUUUUCAGAUCAGGGAUUUUGUUAAUAAGGAAACAUCUUUGCAAGAGAAUACUGAGGUUUCAGACAUUGAAAUGUUGUUUUUUGGAACUUGAGUGAUAUCUUUUAAUUGUUUUACAAGAUACUGAGAGGUCAUUGUAAACUGGAUCGUCCCUUGCUUGCUCAGACCUGGGGAAGAGAAUUGGCUAUUGAUAUUACAGAAGAAACAUGGAACAGUAUCUGGAAAUCUUAGAAAAAAAAUAACUAUUUGUAAUCGCUCAUGGGCCUUACAACUUAAUUUACUGCACAGAGCACACUUGGCCCCAAACCGUCUAUCAAAAUUCAAACCAGGUGCUUCGUCACAUUGUCCUAAACGCAGAGCUCAGGAUGGCAGCCUGACCCAUUGUCUUUGGUCACGCCCCAAGAUCCAGAGAUACUGGGAGUCUGUUCUAUCUGAGAUCAGAAAUAUUAUUAGAAUCAAUGUUAGUUUUGAUCCAGUAACUUCUCCUCGGUCUACCAAGUAAGCGAAUUGGUGACAAAUAUCAGAGUAAACUAUUUAAUGUUCUGACAUUUUGUGCCAGGAAGAAGAUCUUGUUUCAGUGGAUUUCUAGUAAGUCAUCCACUGUUUCUGGAUGGAGAAACCUUAUUUUGGAAUAUAUUCCACUGGACUUUCUUACAUGUUUGCUUCAUUCUAAGACUGAUAUGUUCAACCACACGUGGAAACCCUUCUUGGACUAUACUGAUGGACGUGUCCACAAUCCUGUCUCGAGCCUUCAUCAUCUCUUAAGCUGACUGCCGUUUUCGUAGCUGUCCUAAUUUUAAUAUAUUUUGAGUAAUGCUGAUCUGUUGUGUUGUGUUAUUGUGUCAAUUUUAAGAAAAAAUGAAUAAACAUUAUAAAAAAAGAAAAAAUAGAAUUUACAAAAAAAAAAAUGUCAUUAUAAAUAAAAUUUCAAAACCUGAAAUGUUUUGUUGGAAUUUUCUUGCAGCCUUCAUUUUAUUUUAUUUGCUAUUUCAUUUUGAAAGAAAGUUCUGUUUUCCGAGACUUCUGAAGCGAAAACAGUGCACUUUAAUCAGACUUUGGAAUUACAACAGGAAACUCCCAGAUCUCCCUCUGUUGCUUUGUGUGUUCCUCUCUUUACCUCUGCUGCUCCCUCUCUCUGUGUUGUCAGUCUCUCUCAGUGUGUGUGAGCUCUUGUCUGUGUCUCAGCCUCUUCUGGUCUCCCAUCCUUCCAGUGGCCUUGUCUUUCCCUGGCUUCCUCACCUCACUCCUUCAGUCUUUCAAUGUCCAAUCGUCUUUUGUCUCCCACCCUCUUCCUCAUAUAAGCUUCCUUUCCCCAUGUGCCUGGUGCUUGGUUGUCAGUGUACUUAUGUUACUGCUUCCCUGCGUUCUUAAACCUCCUCGUUGCGCUGACCUCUCUGUGUUGUUUGACCCUGUAUUUGGAUUACCCCUUUGGAUGCCUCAGCCUGUGAUCCUGCUUCCCUGUCUUGGACCUAAACAAACACUGUAAACCAGAUCCUUAGUGUGGAGUCUGCCUUUGGGUUCACCUAUAUGGUCUUGACAGAAACAAGUGAAAUAAAAACAAAACAGGAAAACAAAGAUGUUUUUAAGCUGAAUUGGACUCAAAACAGAAAAUAUAAAUGUGAUUUAAAUGUCUGAUUCAAAUUUUCUUUCAUGACACGAAGAGACAUUGAGUUAUAAAUGAAAUUGUUCAGUUGGAUCCAGGAUUACUUUGGAAGCUCCUGAAUCAUAGGAACACAUCAGAAACACUGCACAAAACCAGGAUCAGGGAUUAAGCCGGCAAACUGUGGUUAUCCUGUGGUUAUCCUGGAUGAAGUUAGUCUCAAGUCGGUUGCACAAAAGCUGGCCAAGUUUAUCCCGGACAAGUCGCCAUGGAGAUUUAUUCUCUGCAGCUAACCUGCUCCACACCAGGCUAACUACCAGGAUAAGUUUCAUCCUGCCCUGCUCUGCUGUCAACAAUGUGAGAAAUGGGGG